UGCUCAGCACCGUCUGACCAGUUCAACGUCUCCCAGUCAAUCUCUGCUAUCACACUGUACAGGAUUCAUAGACUCAAGUCUGCAACUAUGGAUAUUCCCGUUGGGGGAGCGUCUAUGAUCAUUCACAGAUUGAGGUGGUGGUUAAUAGAAGUUUUUGAAGAAGAUACGAAUGGUUUGUUGGACGAGCUCAGCUCUCUCUAUUUGAUAUCUCUAGAAGAAUAUAUUAACUUCAAUGCAGUUAAAAGCCCAGUAGAGAGGACAGAGAAAGUAUUGAACUUCAUGCUUGAGAAAGGAGAACAAGCCUGUGAGAAAUUCCUCAAACACCUGGAGAACAUGAUACCCAGGUUUCCAAACUUACAGAACCUUAUAGGAUACUUCCCAGAAAACAAAAGAAAACAUUUUGAGGAGCUCUUACAGCAGUUGGGGAUGGGACACACCGCACAUUCAAAGCUCACACUGAAGAGAAUUCUGAAUAUAGGGAAAGAAAAUUACGUAGACAUUAAUUCUCAAAAUAUACAGGAUAUUCCUUGGAAUUUCUUACAUAAACUCCUGGCUCUAAACAGAACUGCCAGAAACACUCACUGUGAUAAAUAUCCACAUAAUCGGGGACCAAGUGAACACAACAGUUUAGAUACAAUAAUGUCUACGAUUUUUUAUAGUAAUGGUGAAAAAGCUAACUCUUCUUCUCUUAAUCCUCUAGAUGUUUUAUGUGUUCUACUGCAUUGCUCUGAUACUUUUCUGCAGCAGGAAAUUGUUUUAAAAAUGUCCAUGUGCCAGUUUGCUGUUCCUCUGCUGCUACCUGCCAAUGAUUCACCAUGUUGCAUGCUUAUGUUAUGGGCAUUGAGAGAUAUAGUGAAAAGGUGGAGACCUCAGUCAUUAGCCACCAGUAAAGGGUUCAUGGAAGAAAAUGUGGUGAGCAUUCCUAUGUCAACCUUCUCUUUUGUUAGACUGGGGAAAACCAAACUAUCUAAAUCCAAAAUCCUGAAUCAGGUUCUUAGCCCAGCUCAGCAGAACCUAGACUUCUUCAUUCAUGACAACAUGCAUGGAGGUAACAUGGAAAGAAAGAUAUCUAACGGUCUAGUGGAAAUGUCCUGGUAUUUUCCUUCUGGUAGCGAAAGUUCUGACAUUUUCCCAGAGCCGAUUGCAGUGACCAACCUACGAGGAGACCUGGAGUCUAACUGGACACAGUUCAUCUUCCUAACCCGGGUCUCAUCAGCUGUGUUUAUAUUUACUGAGAGCAUCGGGGAGAGAGAAUUCAGACUGUUAUCAAACAUUAAUAGCAAAGACACAAUAUACUAUUUUAUUAUCACCCCUAGAUCCAGGGAAGAUGUGAACAUGGAGACACGUGAAAAUUUGCAAAAAUUAAUAUCUGUUCUAAAGCUUGAUAUAAUAAAUAUAAUAGUAAAGAAAAAUACAGACAAUGAUACAGCUCUGAUGAAAAGAAUUCAGUCAUGUAUUCAUUUUUCUUUAAUGAACAAUCCCAAAAGAACAACAAUGCAAAGUAUGGAAAAACAGAUCGACGGACUUGAUAUUUGUGUGGAUGAAAACUCUGAGGAAUGUCAAAAAGCCAGAGAACAUGUAUUGGAAAUAACUGGAGAAAUCAAAGAUGUGAUACAGUAUAAGAAAGAAACAAUGAGUUUACAGGGAGAUCUAUGGAAACAAGUGUCACAAAUAGAAAAAGAAAUGUGCAGAAUGAAAAACCAAGGAACAAUGGAUACACAAAAAUAUCAAAGUGAACUCAGACGUCAACGCAUUUCACUGCGUGAGAAGCAACAUGAUCACGACUUACCCAAGGGAAUAAUGUUGUUUAUUAAUGCCAUUGUUUAUUUGUCACAGACAGAAAAACAAUAUUUUUUAAAAUGGAUGAAAUUUGAACUUGAUUCCAUAGCUCGGAAUAAUCUGUCAACACUACAGGCAGAAUAUAAAGAGAAAUAUAACAAUCCACAGAACAAUAAAGAAGAACUGAAACAUUUAGAUCAAAAAAUAUCUGACAGCUCAUUGGGAAUUGAACAUUUCCUGCGUGAAAUGGGACAAUUUUAUGAGGCAGAACAUUCUUUGUAUAGUGGGAAAAAAAAUCAGGAUUACAAAAAACAGUUUAUGAAACUCCCUAAAAUAGCUGCUGACCUCAUAUGGGGUGGGUUUCCAUUGGAGCUGAUUGAUGGAGAUGCCUCCAACAUCUCCCUACAGUGGAUAACUGAUGUCCUGACUGAGCUGGACACCAAGACAGGAGGACGAUGCAGAAUGAGAGUAAUCACUGUGCUGGGAGUUCAGAGUACGGGGAAAUCCACCCUUCUGAACACCAUGUUUGGUUUGCAGUUCCCAGUGGCCAGUGGUCGAUGCACACGAGGGGCUUUCAUGACACUUAUUAAAGUAGAAGAUGAGUUCCAGGAGGAGAUGGGCUGUAACUUUAUUCUGGUGAUUGAUACUGAAGGUCUGAAAGCUCCAGAAUUGGCUUCUCUGGAGGACAGUCAUGAACAUGACAAUGAAUUAGCUACGUUAGUAGUUGGGCUGAGUGAUAUCACUUUAAUUAACAUGGCCAUGGAGAACACUGCAGAAAUGAAAGAUAUUCUGCAGAUCGUGGUCCAUGCAUUUCUUAGAAUGAAAGAAAUAGGAAAGAAACCCAAAUGCCAAUUUGUUCAUCAGAAUGUGAAUGAUGUGUCCGCUCAUGAGAAGAAUGCAAGAGACCGAAAGAAACUGCUAGAGCAGUUGGAUGAAAUGACUAAAAUAGCUGCAAAUAUGGAAAAAAAAUAUGGAAUAACAACAUUUAGUGAUGUGAUGGACUAUGACAUAGAGAAUGACAGCUGGUAUAUCCCUGGCUUGUGGCAUGGAGUUCCACCCAUGGCUCCCGUUAACUCUGGGUAUAGUGAAAGUACUUCUGUACUUAAAAAAUAUUUAUUGAAUUUCAUGAAAACAUGUAAGUCUACAAACAAAUCUAUGAACAUUCAAGAAUUUAUCACAUGGAUAAACAGUUUGUGGAAUGCAGUGAAACAUGAAAGAUUUUUGUUCAGUUUCAGAAACAGUCUGGUGGCUGAAGCUUAUAACAAGUUGUCCAUACAGUUCUCUCAAUGGGAAUGGGACUUUACCAAAGCCGUGCAUAGCUGGUUGAUUACCACAGAGACACUAAUUAAGAAUCAGUCCGCAGAUAAAUUAAAUAAUGAAACAUUUUCCUGUUACAAGAACAAGCUAAACGAGGUACUGUUUGAGGAAGAAAACAAACUGUCAGAGUCACUAAAAAAGUAUUUUGAGAAUAAUUCUGAAAAUGUACAUCUUAUCGAAAAAUACAAAAAAGAUUUUUUUCUGAGUGUAGAAUUUCUAAAAAAGGAACUUGAAAGGAAUGCCAUUAACAAGUGUAAUGAAGCUUUUCAUAUCCAGAAAGGGAAGUUUGAGAUUCAGGGUAUCCAGAAUAAAUAUCAGAAAAUGAUUGAAGAUAAAGUUAUGAAUCUUCUGCAGAUAUGCAGGGAGAGGAAUCAUCAGAUUAGUAUUUCGGAACUAGAGGGGCAAUUUGAGGCUAUGUGGGGGAUAACGAUCUCAGAUUUACAGAUUGAUAAUUUAAAGAGACGUGAUAUAAGUCAAUCUGUUCUACAGCAGCUACACAAUAACAUGAGUAACAAAGGUUCGGAAAUAAAUUAUGUAUUACUAAAAGUGACAGAUUUACAUGAACAUGAAAACACAGAAUUUAGCUUCAAGAAACAUUAUAUUGAUGACUCUUUUUUAAAAAAAAUCAUCAAGUUUUUUACCAAACAAGAACAUUCUGAACAGGUAUCAGAGUUUGCUAAAUCAUUGAUUGAGAUGUGUGAUCAAUAUGUUACAGAGAAAGUCAACAUCGCAUCCGACUAUGAUGACACUUACUGUCAGGAACUAUUACGUUUGAUUGAUGAAAAACUGGAAAAAAAGGAUGUUAAAAAAAUGCACACUUCCUCUACGUUUAUGCUGGAUAUAAAACUUUUGAUAACUAGAAGAGCUGCUCCGAGGUUUCAAAGGAUGCAUGAUAAUUACAUCCAAGAAAAUGACACAAACACCUGUCUAGACAAGUUAAAACCUCAGUAUCUUGCAAUGUUUCUAAGCAUUUACCAAGAGAAAGACGAAAGCAAGGCGAGAGCAAAGGACUUUUGUUAUCUCUGCCUGAAACCGGCUUUAACUGAAUACAUUUACAAACAUCUCGGACAAGACAUAGUGGACGAUGUCUUAAGCAGUUCAGACAAUAUCAUAUUUAAAAGUCGAUCCUUCUUUCAAGCUACGGUGCUGGAGAGUCUUUCAGGUACUGAAGAAUUUAGCAAUUAUAUAAAGUACAUAAAUUCAUAUGAGCGUUUUUUACAAAGCUGGAUAUUCACACACAUCUCAGAUAAAUACAAUAAAUCGUCACAAUUAGAAACGUUACAAGAAAAUAUACUCUUUGAGAUUGUUAAAAAAAUCAAAAAUGUUCUUAGAGAAGAAAAAUGUCUGAACUGUUCAUCUAUCACAAACCUUGUAGAAUACUUUUGUGAAGAAUUAAAAAAUGAAUUGGUAAUUUCACAGAGUGAGAUGUGUAUGAUCGCUUUUGGGAACAAUGCAGAUGUGGAGCAGUUUUCUGGUGACAUUCAGACUUUUCUUUCAGAAACAGAAACAGAAAUCCUAUCUGAAGUGAAAUAUUUGGAUGUUGAGUCCAUUCUCUCCAAGGUCACACUGAAGCCACAUGAUGAAUUGCUAAAGAAGGUGAUGGGAUGUGGGGAGCAGUGUCCGUUCUGUAAAGUCCCCUGUGAGGCUGGGGGUGUCGAACAUUCCCAUCAUUUUGCAUCCAUUCACAGACCUCAAGGAUUGGGAAAAUACAGAAAUGUACACACCAACAUUUUAAACAAAAACAUAUGCUCUACCAAUGUUGUGUCCAAUGGAAGAUUUAGAAAUGCAGACACAGAAGGGGAAUGGCACCCAUACAAGGAAUAUCGUACAUUUUACCCAGACUGGUCGAUCCAGCCAGAUCCCAGCAUUGAAUCCUCUGAUUACUGGAAAUACGUUUUUGUGAAGUUUAAUGAGCAGUUUGCAGCAGAAUAUAAUGCCGAACCGGCUGAACUGCCAUGGGAGUGGACACAAAUAAACAAAGAACAAGCGAUACAGAGCCUGAAUGAUGCAUUUAAUGUGAAAUAAUAAAAGUACUGUUCAAUAGUAUGACAUUAUUCAUUGCAGUGAAUGUUAGCUUAAGGGAUAUGCAACAGCCUAAUAAUAUAUUUUCUGGUAUUUGUGGC